AUGCUGGCGAGGAGGUUGGUUUCGUUGUUCAACAAGAGCUCCUCAGCAUCACAGUUUUCCAGUUCGGCAAAGACUGUGGAUGAAGGGAAGAGCUCGUUUGGUCGUAAAGCAGUGUCUUUUCUUCUGAUUACUACUACGGGAGGUGUAGCUUUGAGCGCUCUUAAUGAUCUUGUUAUUUAUCAGAGCUGCAGCAGCAAGGCCAUGGAGAAAGCCAGUAAGAACCCGGCAAUCAUAGAAGCUAUAGGGGAACCUAUUGUGAAGGGCCCAUGGUACAAUGCAUCGCUUGCAGUAGCUCAUAAGCGGCAUUCUGUAUCUUGCACAUUUCCUGUUUCCGGACCACGAGGUGGGGGAGUCUUGGAGGUGAAGGCUGUACGUAAUGGAGAUGACACCUGGCUUUCAUAUCUCAUACCUCGUGAUUGGGACAUCCUAAUCAUGGAUGCCCUUGUUUAUGUUCCUGAAAAUGAAGUGAAGCAGCAAACAAUGCGGAUCGGUAUAUCUGACACCCCUGCUCCAGCUUGCACAGCAUGCACCGAUUGUAGCACUCAAGAAUCAGUGAAUCCAGAGAAGAAAUAA